AGUCGCAUAGGCAUCCAAAUGUCGCAGAAAUAGGGGACAACAGGAAAGAUGAAACGGAAAUAUUAUUUGUAAUUAAAAUGAAGUGAACUCAUUCAUCCAUGCAAAUCACCGGAGGUGAUAUUGGCAUGUAAAAAAGGUCCAUAUAUACCUCGUGUAUAUAAGAACAGAAAAAGGUGCAGGGGUUCAGUUGACCAGAUAUCUAGAGUUGGACAAUGGCAGCCUUUCGCUCCAAAACUCUUCUGUUCGCUUUGCUGACAGUUGUUCUAUUGGUUUGCACCCGUGGUGAAAGUUAUGACUUCAAAGACGAAGCAGAAGGUUUACCAUCGGAAAACGAAUGGUCGAAUAUUGACGAAGAGUACCAAGAAGAUCAUAUACGAGUGACACCAAGUUUGAUUCAACCAUCACGGACAGCAGCAGGCGUUCAGCAAACUCCAACACCACGAGCAACGCCUACUUUGGGCUUUAGCACAACACGAAGGCUCAGGUUUCGAAGGUUCAGAUCAAGACGAGCAACGUCAAGAAGAAUAACAAGACCACCAAGACCCACAAGAAGGCCAAGACCUACUUUCCGGCCGAGUGUUUGUCCAUUUGACUGUGGUCUAACGUGCGUGGUUCCUAGGCGAACGAUCUUCCAGCAAAGUUAUGUUUGUGUUUUGCCAAUCUACACUGGUUGUCAACGGUGCUGCGAAACAUAUGCUUCAUGUCGUAGAUCAAAUAUUCCUCAAUGGAUAUGUUACCAACGGGCAUUGGAUUGUGUUUGUGGUUACAGAUCACGUUAUAGAAAUAUCAGAUGCUAUGGGCGUAGAUGUAUCGGGAAAUUAUUAGGCUAAAUAUCUUUUGAACUGCGUGCAUACAUAACUAAUAUUCAUGCAUUUAUAUAGUCACUGGGAACUUCUAGAAUUCUUUUUGCAAUAAAUGAUAAAGUGUUAAAAUAAUAAACAUGCAGAAAAACAAAAGUGUUUUUUG